CAGGCUCCACCCCCCAAAUCUCCAGGAAUUUCGCACGCUGGAGCUGGCAACCAUAGCUGGAGCCCGCAGAGCAUAAUCGGACCGUCGAGCUGGGAGAGUCGGUGGCAUGCCUGGAGCUCCCCGGGGAAGUGUCCUCUGACUCCCCCGGACCCCGGUAGGAGCCCCGGCUAGGCUCCCCGAGAAGGGCCGCGCCUUCUCAGUUGCGAUGGGCGGAGAGAAGCGGACUGGGGCGUGCGCUCAGUUUCUCUUUCGGUUCUGUGAUCCUGGUUGUGGGGCAAGAAAAGGAACUGCCCGAGACAAGAGCCAUCGUCUGAGCGAAUAGAAAUGAAGGGAUCUCUGAAUCCACUUCAAGGAAAUCUAGAAAAUGGACCCAAAAAUGUAGUUUCUGAUCAAGCAAUUCUAUUCCUCAAUGGAUACUCAAGGACCAGAAAAUCUCUUGUGGAAACUAAACGGACAUUGAAAGUGGUUCUAAAUCGGUGCAAGGGAUCCGUACAAAGCCUUGCUGACAGAAGUGAUUCAGAAGUCACCAAGAAAGAUAUUGCCUUCCUUGUUACCUUGGCUGUGCUGUUGUUGAUCUCCAUCGCUUUCAAUAUUUAUCUGGCUGCCAAGCGCCAGCGUUUGCAAGCUGCUCUGAGCAAUUCAUGCCCCCGUGGCUGGGUCAGGAGUGAAGGCAGGUGCUACUUUUUCUCUGAUACCGAACAGACCUGGGAUGCUGGUCAGAGUCAUUGCUUUUCCUACGGAGGCUCCCUGGUACUGAUGGACACUCCGCAGGAAAGGGAUUUUGUAAUGCGCUCUGAAGACUUGACUGAUUAUUGGAUUGGCCUCCGGAGAGAGGAAGUCGGACAGCCCUGGAAACAGCCCAAUGGGUCCCUCUUUAGCGACUGGUUUCCAAUAGGAGGCGAAGGUCUUUGUGCCUACCUGAGUAGCAAAGAGGUCAGCUCUACGCGGUGCGUCAACAGCCAGCGAUGGAUCUGCAGCAGACUGGUUGGUGCUUCUCUUCCAAGAAGUUCAGAAGAUGUCGUGUAAGGAAGGGGGGGCUUUGUGGAAUCCUUUAGUGGGAUCCCCCUUCUUUUUAGAAAGAUUGGAUUCCUGUGUAUUUCCCCAACCACAAACAUUCAGAACAAGCUCAUGCUGGAAUAAAUUCUGUUAGUCUUUGA